AUGAGUGAGAAGCCAAAGUCAGCCGUCAUCGUCGGCGCCGGAGCUGGAGGUGUUGCCCUAGCUGCCCGUUUGGCCAAGGCUGGUCUUCGUGUGACCGUCGUGGAGAAGAACUCGUUCACGGGCGGUCGUUGCUCUCUCAUCCAUCAUGACGGCUACCGCUUCGAUCAGGGCCCCUCCCUGUUCCUCCUCCCUCAGCUCUUCCGCGACACCUUUGCCGAUCUCGACACGACCAUGCCCGAGGCUGGCGUGGACCUCCUGCGCUGCGAGACAAACUACAAUGUCUGGUUCCACGAUGGCGAGCGCUUCCAGCUCUCGUCCGACGUGGCCGACAUGCGCCGCGAGAUUGAGCGUUGGGAAGGCCCCGAGGGCUUCGAGCGCUGGGUGAGCUGGCUGCAGGAGGGCCACCGCCACUACGAGAUCUCGGUGCGCGAGGUGCUUAAGAAGAACUUUAUGAACAUCUACGAUAUGUUGAGGCCGAGCUUCCUGGCCAAGAUCCUAGACAUGCACCCCUUUGAGAGCAUCUGGGCACGCGCGGGCCGCUACUUUUACACCGAGCGCUUACGCCGCGUCUUCACAUUUGCGACCAUGUACAUGGGCAUGAGCCCGUUUGACGCCCCUGCAACGUACUCUCUGCUGCAAUACACCGAGUUCGCGGAGGGUAUCUGGUACCCCAAGGGCGGUUUCCACCAGGUGGUUGAUGCGCUGGUCAAGAUUGGCGAGAAGAUGGGAGUCCAGUACCGCCUCGGCACGCCCGUUUCGCGGGUCCUCACGUCGCCCGACGGCAAGCGAUCGACCGGUGUCCUCCUCGAGGGCGGCGAGGAGCUCUCCGCCGAUGUUGUCAUCCUGAAUGCCGACCUCGUCUACUCGUACAGCAACCUCCUCCCCCGCUCGCCGAGCAUCGAGCGCCACAGCCGCAGCCUUCAGAAGAAGGACGCCUCAUGCAGCUCCAUCUCCUUCUACUGGAGCAUGAGCCGCAAGAUCCCCGAGCUGUCCACCCACAAUAUCUUCCUGGCGGAGGAGUACCAAGAGUCGUUCGACUCCAUCUUUGACAAGCACGGCCUGCCCAACGAGCCCAGCUUCUACGUCAACGUACCGAGUCGCGUUGAUCCGUCGGCUGCGCCCGAGGGCAAGGAUGCGAUCAUUGUGCUGGUGCCCGUCGGCCACUUGACGCGGUCCAAGGGCAUCGACUCGGACGACGGCCUUCCCGAGGACGAGCAGCGCUGGGACGCCAUUGUCAAGCGCGCUCGUGCCGAGGUGCUGUCGAUCAUCUCGAAGCGCGUCGGCACCACCGCUGUGGAAGACAACAUUGCGCACGAGAUUGUCAACAGUCCCCUGACAUGGGAGAGCAAGUUUAACCUCGACAAGGGCGCCAUCCUCGGCCUGAGCCACAACUUCUUCAACGUGCUCUGGUUCCGACCCAAGACCCGUGCGUCCGAGCUGGAGAGGACUUACUUUGUCGGCGCUUCCACACAUCCAGGUACCGGCGUGCCAAUUGUCCUGGCGGGCGCCAAGAUCACGGCCGAGCAGAUCCUGGAUGACCUGAGGCUGCCCAAGCCGUGGGGCGAUGGUGAGAUGAGGAAGAAGAGUUUGUCGAAGAUCAUGGACGCUCCGAGCUACACAUGGGCCAAGUUCGGCACCGAGGAGUUCACUGUAUUGGCUCUCAUUGGGAUGUUUUUGCUUUUCAUUUCAUAUUACACUAGUAUGCUAGCGUACUUUUCUCGAUAG